UGCUGUGGACGCGAUGGAGGAGCGGGUCCACUUUCUUAGGCCAUCUCUUGAGUCUUGCUACAAGUUCGACUUUCUACAGCUACGAACCCUUACACAUGAACGGAGCGAGAAUCCUUUCGGCCAACGACACCACGACCCGCUCUGCCGCCGAGUUUCUGAAGGACCUGCUGCUGUGUCGCCUUCGUCACCGUCAGGAGGAGGUAGGCUACCUGACGAGCAAGGCUUUCUACAUGAAGGAAAACGCGUUCCUGAAGCAGCGGUGCCGUAGCAACAGGAGGACUUGCCACAAGGCCUCCUUCGUCGAGGGCGUCUGUCGGGAGGCUGACUUACACUUGGCGAAGGUACUUCGCAUGAGCCUGAGAUGGUUACGACCUCUGUUGGAAGACGAUGCCCUCGAUUUUCAGGUCAUCUACUUGGCCCGUGACCCCCGUGCUGUUCUCAGUUCCCGAACUAAGGUUCCCUGGUGCCGGUCCCCGUCUUGUCGUAACCCAAAGGUAAUGUGUUCUCUACUGACUGAGGACUUGGCGGAGGUGCCGGGGCUCCUGAAGGCAUAUCCUCAAAGAUUCAAGUUCGUGGCCUACGACCACAUCUGCCGAAACGUGACGGGCUCCCUACAGGACCUCAUGGCAUUCCUCAACCUCCCUCCAACGCCAGACCAAAGGGAAUUCCUGCAGUAUCCUAAGAUCCCCCACAGGAGAUACGGCAGCAAGGGCAACACCUUCCUCCUCCAGGCACAGCUAUGGCGCACCAGUACCUCGUUCAACCACAUCGUUCUGCCCGUCCAGCACGCCUGCCGGGGGUCCUUGGAGAGGCUGGGUCUCAGGAUCUUCGCUUCAAGGAAGGAGCUGACCGAUCUGAGUGUCCCGGGCGUGGUGGGAGGCGGUGGGGGUUCUGAAUAUUUUACUUAG